UCAGGAAAUCACUCUGGAACACUUGUCUGAGGAAACGCUGGCAGUGAGGAUACUAAAGAGGUCGUAAUGUUUGGAUUAGGACUUUUAUUCUACGUGACCAUUCUUCUUCUGAACGCGGUUGCCAUUCUGAACGAGGAGCGGUUCCUUGCACGCCUGAUUGGCGACGAGAGCCCAUCGUUUGGCGGGCACAAUCCCGAGACAAUUGGAACGCGGCUUUUGACACUGAUUCGUGCCAUCCGCACCGUGAUGCGGCCCAUUCUCGUUGUGUUCAACAUUGUGAUCAUUUUCUACGAGCUAGUUUUGGGCUAA